CAUGUCGUUAUCCUUAGAGGAGUUGUGCGCCAUGGUGAAUGUCUCCUAUGAGGAGGUGAAAAACAUACGCCUUAAUAAUGAACGAGAUGACGACGAGGGAGUGCAGAAUAGCGCAGACAUUAGUGAAAGUAUGCACAGUGAUUUCAGUGAGAGGAACCAUGAUGUUCAUCCACAGAACAGGCCUACACCAGAAGCAGACGGAGAGGGCUGUAUCUGCAGAUCUAUGAUCACGUGUUGGAACAUAAGCAGACAGACAUUUUGUGAUGUAAGCGGGUGUUGUGAGGUCAUUUAGAGCCUUAAAAACUAGAAGCAGAACUUUAAAGUAUGUACUAAAAGAUACAGGUAGCCAGUGCAGUUCUUUUAAAAAAGUGACAUGAGCUUUCUUUUUCGUUUUUGUUAGGAUCUGUGCUGCUACAUUAUGUACGAGUUGUAGAGGAUGAAUUGUUUUUUGAAGAAGCCCAGUAAAAAGAUCAAUAAUGUGAUCAACUCUGCUUGUAACAUGCAUGAAAAAGUUUGUCUGCGUCGCUCUGAAAUAGAAAAGGCUGCACUUUAGCAAUAUUUUUCAAAUAGUAAAAAGCUACUUUAGUGACUGCCUUCAUAUGUGGGAUAAAACACAACUCAGAGCUCUCAGAGAUUACACCAAGGUUUCGUACUUCAGGUUUAGGCUAAAGAACUUGGCUUCUCACAAAGCAUUCUUCUUUGAAUUCUUAUAGAAGGACCAGUAUUUUUUUCAUGAUUUAGUUGACAUUUUUGUGACAUCCACUGCGAAAUAUCUGACACACACCUGGUAAGCCUGUCAACAGAGCCUUGAUGUUCAGAAGGAAUAGAAAUUGAUAUUAUGUUUCCUAAUGACACCACUUAGAGGAAACAUGUACAAAAGAAAAGGAUGUGCCCCAAAAUUGAAACUUGUGGGACUCCACAAGAAAUAUUAAAUGCUAAAUUAACAUGGAUUUACCUUAUCAGGAGUGGGAUAUACCUUGGACGGAAUCCAUUUACAGGUUUCACUAAAAUACGUCCCUACUGUGACCAGAUGCGAUCCAACUGUCCAUUCCCCCAUAAAAAAUGUCUGGCAGUGAUUCAGAGGAGGAAGAGUCUCAACAGCUGAAAAGGAAAAGAGGACCAACAAAGUGGAAACGUAACAUUCAAAAAAGGAGGCGAAUGGAGGGGAAGUCGUACAGAGGAAAACAGAAAGAUGUGGGAGAAGUGACCAGAGCGGCACGUGUCAUGGGACCAGGAUGUGGGUCAGAAGCCUGCAAAAAGUCUGCUAAACGUUUCUGCCAUACUUUCAGUGAAGAGGACAGGCAGAGAAUCUUCCAGCACUUUUGGCAGAAUAUGAACUGGGAAGAGAGGAGGAUCUAUGUGGCGGGGCUAGUUGACCAUACCCCAGUGGCACGGAAAAGGUCCAUGAGUCAGGAUUCAAGACGAUUGUCAACACUUUCCUACCAUCUCAAUGUAGACGGUGAGAAGAGAAGGGUGUGCAAAAAAUUUUUUUUGUCAACUCUAGGGCUAGGAGAAUGGUCGGUUGCACAUUGGGUGCAGGCCAGCGAACCCGAGAAGAACGGCAGCGAAACAGUUGUUGAGGAUCAAGCCCUGGCAGCUCUUCAGGCCUUUCUUAGGGACUUGCCGAAAGUGCCCUCUCAUUAUUGCCAGUCCUCAUCCUCCAAGUUAUUCUUAGAGCCCAUGUUCCAGUCCAUGUCAGAGUUACACAGAGUUUACCAGCGUCACUGUGAGGAAGAGCUCCAGACAACGCCACUGUCCAGAGAAAUUCUUAUGGAUGAGUUCAACCAUCUCAAUCUAGCCUUAUACCACCCAAAGAACGACCAGUUUGAUACCUGUUGCUCACACGAAGGCCAUGCGAAACACGAAGCACAGCUAAACCACUGCCUAAUAAAAGAGGAGGCAUGUGAGGAAAAAGAAGAAGAAAACGCUGCAGAUGAUGGGAAAAUGGUGUCUUGUAUGGAUCUGCAGACAUUUCUUCUUUUCCAAAAGCUGAAGGCAUCUUCCUUGUAUUAUAAGACCAAGCUGGCUUUACACAACCUUACUCUAUACAACAUGGCCAAUCAUAGUGGCACCUGUCAUGUAUGGCAUGAAGGAGAGGGAGGGUUGUCUGCAAAUGAAUUUGCCUCUAGCGUCUCAGAUUAUCUUCAGCAACAGCAGCAUGCUGAAGAAGCAGAGUAAUUUAUAUAGCGUAAUUUACAAACGUGAGCUUAGGCCAACAAAUUACUCCUCACCUCCACUUACUAUCUGUAUGCCAUUGACAGCCACAUUUCCUCUAAUGACAUUGCCCCAUAUCUUUAGACAGUGGCCUGUCAGUGGACAGUCAGCUUGGUUUGUCAGGACCCUUUCACAUUUUUGCUGUCCACAGCAAAGGGGAAAAUGUCCACCCAGUACACACCAAACUGCUCAUAAAGCAGCUGAUACAGGCAGUGGAGCAAGGCCAUGUCAAAACACAUGGUGAAGGAAAUGGAGCAGUGUGUAGCAGUUUACUCACGGCAUGAAGAUGUAGACCAGCUUCACGAGCCAGCGGAGGAGGUUGUUCAUACAGAUAAGAACCACAGAACCUAUAGCUGCAUGCAGAUCAUGUGGUCAGUUCAAUUUCCAUUGAUGGUCCACUUACGACAUUUGUCAUAGUUCAUUUUUACAUUAUCACUUUCCAUCUUAAACAGACUGUUUUGUUACUGUGCCUUUAAGACUAAUUUAUGUAAAUGAUCUCUGUUCAGAUGAUCUCUACAAUAUGACGGUAGACGAACAACUGCAAACCAGAUAUUCUGCUGUUUUCAAUGGUUCACCAAACAUUCUACCACUGCCACUGGAAACGGCAGCACCUCACAGUGGUCAGCAGAAUGUUCCGUUAGGAGUUCAGUGUUGGUAGAAUAUUCUGGGUGUU